UGCUUUGCUGUUCCAUAUGUACAUCUCCUCUCCACACACUUCACACUUCACCUCGAUCGAUCGAUCGCCCGCAGUAGUUAGCGAGAGUGAUCGAUCGAUGGAAGAGGCGGCGGCGGCAGCGGACAUGAACGGCGGCGUGCAUCAGUCCCGGUUCCGGCGGGUUUGCGUGUUCUGCGGGAGCAGCUCCGGCAAGCGGCGCAGCUACCGCGACGCCGCCGUCGAGCUCGGCAAGGAGCUGGUGGCGAGGAAGGUGGAUUUGGUGUACGGAGGAGGCAGCCUGGGUCUCAUGGGGGAGGUCGCCGAGGCCGUGCGCAACGGCGGCGGCCACGUCAUUGGCGUCAUACCUACCACUCUGAUGGGCAAGGAGGUAACGGGAGAGACGGUGGGGGAGGUGCGGGAGGUGGGGAGCAUGCACGAGAGGAAGGCGGAGAUGGCGAGGAGGUCGGACGCGUUCGUGGCGCUGCCGGGAGGGUACGGGACGCUGGAGGAGGUGGUGGAGGUGAUCGCGUGGGCGCAGCUGGGCAUCCACGCCAAGCCCGUCGGCCUCCUCAACGUCGACGGCUACUACGACUUCCUCCUCGCCUUCGUCGACAAGGCCGUCGCCGACGGCUUCAUCCCCCCUUCCCACCGCCACCUCUUCGUCUCCGCCCCCGACGCCCCCUCCCUCGUCCACAAGCUCGAGGAGUACGUGCCGGUGUAGCAGGAGGGCGACCCGGAGACGCCCAAGCUGCGUUGGGAGAUCGAGCAGCAGGCAGCCGUCCAGGUCGUCGGCUACAGCUCCUCGCUCCACGCCCAGCUAGCUAUUGCAGAUUAAUCUCUCGAUCUGAAUUACUUAGUAAUUAAUCUGGUUGACUAAGUAGAUCAUCAACGAGAGGAUGCAGAGGAGGAACAGGUACCUAGUACGUACUUACGAAUUCUAAAAAAAAAGGUACUCUGUACUCCUCAAUUAUCUGCCUUUAGCUAGUGUAUUAUGUACGUGCUCUGGUUAUUGCUUAUUGUUAGCUGGUCUGGCUGCAUGUACUCUAUAUAUAUAUGAUGCAGUUCUGUACAUAUACAUCGAUCGAUCGAGCGUGUCGCUUUAAUCUGUAUAGUGUACUAUCUGCUCCGUAGCACACGUAUAGGGGGAUGGUAAUUAAUUAAGCACUACUCCCUCCGUACCAAAAUAAGUGUAGUUUUACACUAUU